UUCAUUCUUUACUUGCACAUUCUUAAUGGAAUGCCAUGCAGAUUUUUUUAUACUUAUGACAGCAAAGUUAUUAGCAAAGUCAAUUGCUAUCAAAAUAAUGUUAGGCACCUACUUACCUACUGCGGUUGAAGUUUCGUUUUCUACCUCUCUAUCACUCUUGCGUGUUUAAGCGAUGGAGAAGCAGACAACGAAAUUCCAUUUUCAAUUUUCGCGUUAGGCCCUCUGUUUUAUGGAAGUUGGAACUAAGGAAUACAAUCUCCAUAGGCAGAACUGUUGCAAAAGUGUCCAGCUGUCGGUUAUAAAUAAUAGUUCCAAAUCUCUCCAGAGUAGCGCUAGAGUAGCUAAGAACCUAGGCGUUAUUAACGGAGUGAAGUGCGCUGUCUAUGAUUUUUUUCAAAUAUUCUAGGUAUUGUAGCGCCACCUAUUUAAGGGUUUUUGACGGACAUUUUUUGUAACAUGGAGAUUGUAUUCAUUACCUCUACCUUCCAUACUUUGUUUCAAUGCGAAUCCCCCCCGAAUCUGCCAUGUUUUUAAGCUUAGUGAUGUUAAGUAAUUUUCGCACGCGAAAUCUUUUAGUUCAAGCUGCCGUAACUCUGUACUAGCUAAUUACGCUGCAGCAGUAACGCCACUCUGCUCAUCGCAAAUGCAGUACUUGCAUUAAAAAAAUGAAAUAAAGGCCUUAUUAAAGGAGAAUAAGAUAAACAAUUGCAUGAGUUUUCCAAUGUGAUAACUGCAUUUCCGAUAAACAGGGCGAUUGAUACCUUUAUUUGGUGCCAACUUCGCCUUGGCAGCGAGCCGAUUGCAAAAUUUCGUACCGACUUGAUACCGCGAUGAAAUGCACAAUGGUUUCUCAUAAAAUUAAUGCUAAGCCCGAAUUUGAUAGUCUGCCACGUUUGAACUUGCCGAAAGAACAAAGAAGGCCACUUCCGGUGCGAAAAAGGGGGGCUGAUUUAACCCAUCUGAUAGACACAGUAAAGCGUAAUCUGUCAGCAUUUUUUUUUGGAAGUGCGUGACUGCCGCUCUCAAAGGUGGCCAUAGGGACCCCAAAAUAUACCCAUCUGAUACCACUCAUUACAGGAAUAUAUAAGUUUGCCAAGGCUUUCCCUGCCGAAACAUCUUGACAGACGAGAUUAUGUAAGCAUGGUCACAUCAGCAGGCCUAGAUAUACCCAUAUGAUACCUCCAUGAAACCAAUUCCGGUCGGUAGGUAUGAACCCUCAAUUUAGGAAUAUAUGUCUGCCAAGGCUUUUUCUGUCGAAACACCUUAACAGACGAGAUUAUGUUAGCAUGGUCACAUCGGUACCCUUAGAUAUACCCAUCUGAUACCACCAUAAAACCAAUUCCAGUCGGUAGGUAUGAAAUGAACCCUCAUUUCAGGAAUAUAUAAGACUGACAAGGCUUUUUCUGCCGAAACACCUUGACAGACGAGAUAACAAUUCCUUUCAGAGCGUCACCUUAAAUAGACUUUUCGUUCGUAGCGACAUCUAUUGUCGAGUAGCAGUACUGAUAAAUCCGCUAAUGGACAUGAUUUGUGAUGUGGAAACGAAAAAAAAAGAAGUCAUCUAUGGAGCAUUAGUAUGGAACACUGGAACGGGUACGUUAUAGGUACAUACUCUUGCCUAAAAUUAAAAUUAAUUCGUCAUGAAAGCGUCAGCUAAUACCUACCUUUGUGUAGGUAUUUACUUUGGCUUCAUGUGCGAUGGCAUCAGUAGAUACAAAACAUAAUAUAACCAUAACCAUUUCCACCAUUUGUACCUUUUUUGAAGCGCAAUAAAGUUUAAAAUAAAUAAAUCAAUAAAUAACCUGCAUGUGAGUUUCGAACGAAACUUAUAUCGAUUUUAAUAACAGAUAAGAGAAAAAUUCCAUGUAAGUACCAACAGUAAAUAUUUUGUAUCAACAAAUUCCUGAAGGUCAUGUAAUGAUUCAGCGAUUCAAAUGGCAAAAGCAAACCAUUAUUUCAACAUUAGGCUACGAACAAAGCAAUUUAAUAGAAAUUUGGAUAAAUAAUGAAUUUCCGCCGUAUUUUGGUAUAAAUGGCCCAAAUCGUUGGCAGAAUUUGUCGAUUCAUAUAAACUCUUCUUGCUGGAACUUCAACAUUUUUGUAGGUACCGAAGACCAUCACUAUGAAACUCCUCGUGUUGAUCUCCCUUUUCUCCCCGCUGGUGCUCUGCUAUGACGCCAAGUACGACUCCAUCGACGUGGACAAGGUAUUGGCCGAUGAUGCUCAGUUCACCGCCUACAUUAACUGCAUGCUUGAUAAGGGGCCGUGCACGGUGGAACACUCCGCUGAUUUCCGAAAGCUGCUUCCUGAAGUAGUCGCAACGGCCUGUGAAAAAUGCUCAGAUAUUCAGAAGGCGAACAUGAGGAAGUCAGUCAAAGCUCUGCAGGAGAGGAAACCGGCCGAAUUCGCGGAGUUCAGGGCGAAGUACGACCCUAAGGGAGAACAUGAACAGAAAUUCGCCGCUUUUGUAAUGGAGACCAAGUAAACUGAAAACCAAAAUGCACUAUUUGCCAUCUUCCUUAAAAUCCUGUGAAGACUACGGCUCUUGAAUAAACCCUGCGACUACAAUAAGAAAGAACUCUUUAAAAGCUGAGUACAAAUGCUUUAAAUAGUUGGCAAUGCUCAAGCGAUAACUCUGGAGUUGCAAGCAUUCAUAGACUACGCUACAAUCUGACGCUAUGGUACAAUCUGACGCUAUGGUACAAUUUGACGAGCUUUUAAGGCAUCAGAAUAAAGAAAACAAUUUUCCAGUUGCAUUCCUGUCUAGUAACUAGUUAAGAGCUCCGGACCGAAAUGCCGGUUGACGGUAGACCGCAAUGAACUUGCAAGAUGCCAGUGUCAAAAAGGAACGAGGCGGAUAUGCUUAUUUUAAUCCAAAAGAUCCUGUUCACUUUCCAAAAUGAUAAUAAAAGUGGACAAAACGACGACUUGUGCUAUUCCAUCGGAUUUUAACCUACCUUCGUGUGAACUGUGUGGAGCAGAAGCAUAUUGGUGAUAAUAUUUAAGUAUUACCUCCUUAAUUAAGGAUGAUUAUGGAUGAUGAUGUCUGCAAUAAAUAUAUUAAUCAUUCCGUUCAUGUUUUAUUAAUUUUCAUCUUGUAUUGUAUACGGGCGAUUUUCCGCAACUCGACGACUGGCGCCUAUUUUGAGUAAAAUUUUCAUCUUGUUUUAAAGUAAAAUAUAUAUCCUCUUUUUUUUCUUUACACGUUAGUAUCCCACUGCUGGGCAAAGGCCUCUCUCCUUGAUGUACACAACUCCCGUGUUCUCCUUAAUUAUAAAGUAAUUUCAUAAAAAUAAGACCAACUUCGCGAUAUUUUGCCUUAACCUACUUUUUUUAAUAUUUAUAUUUUGUGAUUUAAUAUUAUACAAUAGGCGCACUAUAAAAUACAAAUACGUUUAUUUCAUUACUAUUUACAGCAGUGAUAAACACGAUUGAUAGUCUGCUAUUACCAAAAUCUUGUACAAAAAAUUUAGAUGUUUAAAACAUUUUACAGCACAUACUUUAACGCCGUAGUGCGAAAAUUAGCACAUUACGUAACCAUGUCG